AUGGCCAGCAGCACGCCCUUCGACCAGCUCGCUUCCGGUUCCUCCGACCCUCGCGAUGCCAACCUCGUGAUUCGCGAGGUCGUCCCCGGCCUGCUCACCUUCAGCAUCCCCUUUGCGCGCUUCGGCUGGGUCCCGAUCGGCGGACGCUCGACCGCCAUCCGUCUCCAGAACGGCGAGGACAUCUUCGUCUACGUCUCGCACCCUUACACCAACGCUACCGACGAGGCCCUCAAGAAGCUCGGCGGCAAGGUCAAGUGGCUCGUCACCCCGGACGGCGAGCACGGAAUGAACAUCAAGGCCUGGGCCGAGCAGUUCCCCGACGCGCAGGCGAUUGGCGUCAAGCGCUUCGGCCACCAGAAGCCCGAGGUCAAGUGGGCUGGCCUCUUCCGUGCCGGUGGCGAGGACAAGAAGUAUGGCUUUGAGGACGAGAUCACCCUCGUCAACGUCUCGGCGCACGUCAACGACGAGCUCGCUGCGAUCCACCACCCCUCCGGCACCCUCCUCGAGGCCGACCUGCUCUUCAACCUCCCCGCGACGGAGCAGUACUCGCGCGCCGGCGGGCUGCCGUACUGGAUUCGUCUGCUCGGCGGCGGCCACUCGCUCAGCCCGGGCGGUAUCCUCCACUCGCGGUUCGCCAACGACGUCAUCAAGGACAAGGAGCUCGGCAUCAAGCAGCUCGCGCCCAUCUUCGCCGCCAAGUUUGACCUCAUCAUUCCCUGCCACGGCGACGUGAUCGAGUCGGGCGGCAAGAAGGCCUGGGACGAGGUCUUUGCCGCCUACCGCGAGGGCAGCAACUCGGGCACUGGCGAGGGUAGCAGCUCGUAG